AUGGCUAAGCCAUAUUCAAAGCAUGCCUUAGGCUGCUUCAUCUUUAGCUCCCUCAUUAUAUCUUCUCUCUCACAUUUACUUCCAUCAUUUACAGAGGAUAGCGAUCUUACAUUAGGUUUUAAUGUUGAAGUUGAUGUUAAUUUAACUUUUGCUCAUAAAAGGCUUAAAAACGCCUAUGUUGCUCUUCAAGCUUGGAAAAGUGCCAUUUACUCUGACCCAUUAAAAAUACUUGACAAUUGGGUGGGUUCCGAUGUAUGUUCUUAUAAUGGUGUGUUUUGUGCUGAAGCUCUUGAUGAUUCUAAAUUAACCGUUGUUGCUGGAAUAGAUCUCAAUCAUGCAGACAUUGCUGGUAAUCUUGUACCAGAGUUAAGCCUCCUAACUGACAUGGCUCUUUUCCAUAUCAACUCUAAUAGGUUUUGUGGCAUUAUUCCAGAGAACUUUAAGAAUCUCACUCUUAUGUAUGAGUUUGAUAUCAGCAACAAUAGAUUUGUUGGCACUUUUCCUUCUGUAGUCCUUACAUGGCCAAACAUAAAGUACCUAGAUCUUAGGUUUAAUAAUUUUGAAGGACCUUUACCUCCACAACUAUUUGAGAAAGAUAUCGAUGCAUUAUUCUUGAACAAUAAUCGUUUCGGUUCAAGCAUCCCAGAAACCCUAGGGAACUCUCCAGCCUCUGUCAUAACAUUUGCUAACAACAAUUUCACAGGUUGCAUUCCAAAAUCAAUUGGGAACAUGGUGAACUUGAAUGAGAUUGUUUUCCUAAGCAACGGCCUUGGAGGUUGCUUCCCAACAGAGAUGGGAAUGUUAAGAAAUGUGACAAUCCUUGACGUCAGCCAUAAUGGUUUUGUUGGGACUUUGCCAAAUUUUUCAAGUUUGAAGAGUGUGGAGGUAAUAGACAUUUCACAUAAUAAGAUUGCUGGGUAUGUGUCAGACACCAUUUGCAAGCUACCAAGGUUGACCAAAUUUGCAUUCUCUGACAAUUACUUCAAUGGAGAAGCUCAAUCUUGUAUACCAUCUUCAAGAACAAAUGUUGUUUUCGAUGACAGUAACAAUUGUUUGCCAUUAAGGUCAAAUCAAAAGACAAGCAAGCAAUGUCUCCCAAUAGUGACUCGUCCUGUAGACUGUAGUAAGAGUUGUGGGAGUGGUGGUAAUAAUCAUACCUCAUUAACACCAAAAACACCAAGGGUAGAGCCACCAGUUCAAUCUCUUCAACCUCCAAUUCACUCUCCUCUACCUCCAGUCCAGUCUCCACCAACCCCAUUUUAUUCUCCGCCUUCACCCCAGGUUCACUCUCCUUUACCUCUAGUCCAUUCUCCACCUCUACAUGUGUUCUUCCCUUCACCCCCAAUCCACUCUCCGCCUCCACUAGUGCACUCUCCUCCACCCCCACUCCAGUCUCCUCCGCCUCCACCUGUGCACUCUCUUCCACCCCCACUUCAGUCUCCUCUGCCUCCACCAAUACACUCUCCUCCACCCCCAGUCCACUCUCCACCUCCACCCAUGCACUCUCCUCCACCCCCGCUCCAGUCUCCUCCACCUCCACCUGUGCACUCUCCUCCACCCCCGCUCCAGUCUCCUCCACCUCCACCUGUGCACUCUCCUCCACCCCCACUCCAGUCUCCCCCGCCUCUACCUGUGCACUCUUCUCCGCCUCCACCAAUGUUCUCUCCUCCAUCCCCAACACAGUUUCCUCCACCUCCACUUGUGUUCUCUCGUCAGCCUCCACUCUACUCUCCACUGCCACUAAUUCACUCUCCUCCAAUCCAAUCUCCACCCCCAAUUCAUUCUCCCCCACCCCCAAUCCAUUCUCCACCUCCACCUCCGCCUGUGUUUUCUCCUCCACCCCUAGUUCACUCUCCACCACCCCCAAUCCAAUCUCCACCUCCACCUAUUUUCUCUCCCCCACCACCAACUAGCCCUCCUCCUCCUACUCCUAUACUGUCUCCACCGCCACCAGCAUGGAAUGAUGUCAUCUUGCCCCCAACCUUUGGAGCACAAUAUAGUUCACCACCUCCACCAGCUAUUAUUGGAUAUUAA